AUGAUGGAGGAAGAGCCAUCGCCACCGAUAGAACUACCAUCCAAGGGUAGAAGCAGAAAAGAACGGAGGCAAAAGCCUUCUUCAGAAGCAAAGCAACGAAUGGAAAAGAUGGCAGUAGCCGACAAGAACAUUGCUUUCGCAUUUGUGGCCGUCUUCCUCCUGUCGGCAGGACUAACGACGGCCACCAUCUUGCAUCUCGAGACUGAAUUCAAGGACUCGUCUAAUCCAGUAUUUUCUGCAAUGUCCAAGAAACUGGCAGCUUACAAUCGUGUCCCAAUUCACAAGAAAAAGCCUGCUGAUGCCCCAAAGCCAUGGCAAGAACCAGUGAAGAUGACCGCCAAACAACAGGAAUCCGAACUUGCAUUUGCCGAGCCGAGCAUUCGACAACAGGAUCUGAAGGAUCAACAUGAAGUCCGAAACACUUUUCCGGUUCAUGCUAGUCACGAUCUAGAGGAGAUUGAUCAUCCGGGAAUAUUUUUUGCAGACCCCCACCAGUUUCAGGCAAUAUUGCAUGCACACCCUGAUCUGCCAGCUAGUGGCAAAAUACUGGUUCCAAAAUUUUGGAGACCAUCUGGCUAUGGCGAGGGUGGUGUGAGACAUUUUUUGGGAGAAAAUGGGAAGCGUCUUCCCACAUUAGAGGAAGCAAAGGCAAUCGGAAGCACAUUCAAUUCGCACGAAACGAUAUAUAUUUCUGUGGCUUCAUAUCGCGACCCCGAGUGUCAACCGACGGUCGAAGACAUGUUCUUGAGGGCAACUCAUCCAGAGCGAUUGCGAAUAGCAAUCAUCGAUCAGCGAGCCGAGGAUGACGAAGUCUCGCCCUGUGCGGAACCCACAAUACCAUGCGAUGAAGACCCUGAGCAAACCUUGUGCAAGUAUGGCCAUCUAGUUGACUCUUUUGCGGUUUCGGCGCCCCUCUCUGUCGGCCCUGUCUUUGCAAGACACUUGGCGAAUCGGAUGUAUCGUGGGGAGUAUUUUGCGAUGCAAGUGGACUCUCACGUGCGAUUCAUUGAAGGGUGGGACACAAGCAUUGUUGAUCAAUGGCGUCAAGCCAACAAUGAAAUGGCAGUCCUCUCGGUUUAUUUGUCUGAUAUUACAGACUCCAUUGACCCUGUUACUUUUGAGAAUCGCCAUCCCAUGAGACCAAUUAUGUGUAAGACGGACUACGAAGGUGAAGGCAAGAUGAAGCACCUACGGCACGGACAGCAACCGGAAGGGCUACCCGGUAUUCACGGAGAGCCAACAUUGCAUCCAUUUUGGGCUGCUGGCUUUUCGUUUGCACGUGGGCAUUUCGUAGUUCAAGUGCCCUAUGAUCAAUAUCAGCCAAUGGUGUUCCAGGGCGAAGAGAUCUUUCAGGGACUAAGAAGCUUCACGUAUGGGUAUGAUAUUUACGCCCCAGAGAUUUCUGUCGCAUUCCAUAUGUAUGCCAUCAAGGAGAAUGCAGUAAAGAGAAAGAAGGUGAAACUCUUUUGGGAAAAUGGAAAGCUAUUUCCAGGUUCUGGUCUCCAAGCCAUGAAGAGACUCAAUGGUAUUAUCGGGUUGGGUGAUCCAGGCGACACAUACUAUCAUAAGGAUGAAGAGGAGUACGGCCUUGGUGGCGUUCGAUCAAAAGAAAAGUUCUUCUCGUUGUACGGAAUUCACCCGGAUACCAAAACCGUGGAGGAUCACUUGUUGCAAAGAAGACAUGAAAAACAGCACGAGAUGAAGCAACAUACAACUGAAUUGGUCACAAGCUUGCUGCUUCCGAGCUGGAUUGAUCUUCGUCAUAUUGUUACUUCGAGAUCAAAAGGACAUCCGAUGAACCACGUAGACAUCAUCGAUGGGGAUAAUUACGGGCGAUGCGAGGCCGUUGGUCGCUUACAAAGCGCUAUGCGCCAUUGUAAACUCCAGUACCUUGUUCUCUCAGAGAUUGAAAUCGACGAGGAUGUCGCGAAGGCACUAGUGGAUUUGUUGAAAGCGUCACAAAGGGAUUGGGAAGCUCUCUACAUGGAGUUUUGUAUUGGCAAACUUGACCAAGCGAUGAGAUCUGUCAUGGAACUUGAUACUGUGAGGAGAAUAGAAGUGACGGGUACGUUGAGUCAGAACUGCAUGCAUGCCAUAUCAGAUGGGUUACGGGGGUGUAAGGCUCUGAGGGAGCUGUCGCUCUAUACAACUCUGGAUUCCGAGAACACCAGUAUACUGAUACUUGGACUCGACGCAAAUACUGGGCUUCGGGCAUUGAGACUAGUCAAGAGUACAAUAAAGAAAGAGGCCGUGGAAGAAUUAACUAGGUUCUUUCGGAGGAACCGUAGGCUGAAGUCGGUAGCAUUGGACCGAUGUAUCUCUUCAGAAGGGGGCAUGGUCAAUAUUCUGGAUUCCUUGUCAGAGCUUUCGACUCUAGAAGAGCUCUCUAUUGCCGGGGUUCUACUGACUAGUUCGACUUUGUCGGCAAUUUCAAAGUUGACAGCUAAAAACGCGCUAGAGAAGCUAACUCUACAAGAUAACAAAGCAAAUGGGAGGAUCGGCAUGGAACAAUUUUUCAAGUCUGGAGCACUGAGUGACAAGAACUCACUUCGGAUAUUAGAUUUGUCCCGAAGCAAAAUCAACGACAGCAAUCUGAAGGUCUUAGUCGAAACAAUACGGAAGAAUUCUACAUUGGAAGAAGUCCGUCUUGAACACAAUUGCAUCACUGAUGCUGGCGCAGUAUUUUUGGGAAGUAGAAUGCAUCUUAUGAAGGGCGUUCGACGGAUAUUUCUGCACAAGAAUGAAAUAAACGAAGCGGGGUUGAGGGCGAUACUACAAGGCACACGAAGAAGUCACAGAGUGCACGAAAUUACAGUUACAGUUGUUCAGAAGACGGCCACGCUCUCGAGAAUUCAAGUCCUGAUCAACUACGAAACGUGUCUCAAUGCAGCUGGAAGACAUCUACUUCAGGAUCGAGAUUUCCCGAUGGGACUGUGGCCCCGAGUAUUUGAAAGAGCUGGCAAGUCACUAUUUUCUCCAUACUCGACAUCUCAAAUGAAAAAUAUACAAUGUUGGAGAAAGAUACAGCAAACCGAUGUUAUUUUCCGUAUGCUCCGCCAUCUAGAUAUCGGGAGGUAUGCUAAUGGAAACCAAGCUAAUUUAUAG